AUGCGGCAAAUAUUCACCUUAUUCGUGUUGGUGUUAGGCUUCUUCAUGCAGGUUGAGGGUGCAAAUGAAAGCUACUAUUCGGUUAUUGCCCCCGGCGUUAUUAAGCCCUUUCGCAAUUACACGGUGGUGGUAACGCUUCAUGAGGCUCUGGAGCAGGCAAAAUUUAAUAUUCGCAUCAAUGGUCCCUACUAUCAAAUGAACAAUGUUGUUUAUUUGCAACCUAAUGAAACUAAGUCGGUUAUUUUUCGACCAGAGAAGUUGGUUGAAGGUCCUCAUAAACUAGUCGUUGAGGGUGCUAGUAGUGGUCAAGAUGGUCAAAUAAAUCGUGUUCGCCUUUACAACGAUGUUGACAUCUCGUCGAGCAUUUACACCGGGGAAUUUCAACUUUCCCACUAUCCGGUUACGGCAGAUUGGAAAAUACGUGUCACUAUAGGCGGUAAAUAUGAUUAUCGAGAAGAGAAAGUGAUACAUGUUCGGAAAUAUAGGCUGCACAGAGCUGCGGUUUUGGAUAGAUCAAAUUCGAUCAUUAUGCAACAUGGCGAUAAGGAUUACAGUGCCGAUUUAAAUUCAAGUAAAGAGGUCAUGUUUGAAUUUGAGCAUAAUCCAAAUGCUCAGCAUUUAUUCCGCUCUGGAAAUUCUACCUUUAACUUAGCGAACCAAAUUGGCGAUAACUCGUUGGCCGACAAAUCGGAUUCAUAUUUGUACCUGAAAAUAAAAAAGAAUGCCCUUCCGUGGUUGCAUGAACCGCUGGAGAUUGUGGUGAACUCCUCGGUGGAAAUACCCUACUUGGUUUACACAAUUAUGGGUCAUUCGAAUAUCAUCCAUGCCGAACGUAUCUAUGUACCUGCUGGCCAAAAGACCUAUACAAUAAAACUCAUACCAUCCCUAGAAAUGAUAAAUCAUGGCUAUGUUUACGUCCACUUUAUUCAGGAUGGAAUUCUGCAUUAUGCUGAACUGGAUCUGGAGCUACCGCUGGAAUUUGAAAAUAAGGUUGAAAUAACUGCACCCUCUGAAACAAAACCUGGUCAGGAAGUAACUUUCGAAGUGAAAGCUCAAGCUGGAAGUCUGAUCGGACUAUUGGCUGUCGAUAUUGGUGUUUAUUUUUUAGAUCCCUCAUAUGAUCUAAAUCGUGAUACAAUUCUGGCUUCAAUGAAAGCUGAUGUUUCCACUUUGCCUUUUCCGGCUUCCGUUUAUCCGGGUCUGCUAUCCGGUGUUAUUACCCUUACCAAUGCCUAUUAUGAAUUUAAGCCAGCUAGUGCUAAUAAAGCUGGUAGUCCUGCUACGUCUAGCCGUGCUGCGAUGAGUCCUUCUAGAGCAAAUCCUCUCAGAUAUCGUCAACGAUUUCCCGAUACAUGGAUUUUUCAAAAUUACGAAAUCCGCAACAAUAUCACCCACCUGAAAUUUAAAAUGCCCGACACCAUCACCUCCUGGUCUAUAACAGCAUUUUCGUUAAACGAAAAAACUGGCCUGGGCAUAAUAAAUCGGCCCACCUAUAUAUCCAACAAUCUUGACUUCUACAUACGCCUCCAUUUACCCUAUUCGGUGAAACGUGGUGAUAUGACAACCAUACCUCUCAUGGCUUAUAAUUAUCGCAAAGAAGAUUUAGAUUUGGAAAUUACCCUCUAUAAUGAUGAUGGAGAUUUCGAUUUGUUGGUUCCGGGUCAGGGCGAAGCCAAAAUCAGCUGUGAUGAUAAUAAAUGUGUUCAAAGCCUAAAAUUGUUAUCAUUUACGACAGCGCCUUUGUCGUUUCUGAUACAGCCCAAAAUACUAGGUGAAAUAAGUCUGCGGGUAUCCGCCACCAGCUCGCAAAUCGAAGACGGAGUAAUACGUAAACUUCGUGUAGAACCGGAAGGCAUAAUGAGGCGGCGCCAUAAGCCAUUGUAUAUCAAUGGCUCGUCUGAGGAAACGACACGAACUACUUUCCACAUAGACCUGCCCCAUGAUGUUGUGCCACAAUCAGAGGUCAUAACACUCUCGGUAAGUGGCGAUCCAUUGGCUCCAACUCUCAAGAACCUCAAUGAUUUGGUAGUAAUACCCUUGGGUUCGGCAGAAGAGGAUAUUGUGAAUUUUGCUGCAAAUGUUUUAGUUCUGCAAUAUCUACAAGCCACUGGAAGAGAUUUCACCGAAAAGGAGCUGAUGACCAAGUUAAAGAAUUUCCUUGAAAUUCGUUAUCAGCAACAGCUGUCAUAUCGCCAUUCGAACGGUGGCUAUAGCGUCUUUGGCCAGGCGAAUGAUGCAGAACCAAGUACAUGGCUAACCGCUUAUGUGGUGAGAUUUUUCAUCAAAGCUACGAAAUAUUUACCAGUGAUGGAGGCUCAUAUUGUCGAUUCGGGAUUGUCAUACUUGGCCAGUACACAGCGUCGGAAUGGUAGUUUCCCAUGUACAGGUUAUCUUUUAAAUCCGGCUCAACAGAAUCGUUAUGGUAGUACGGCAUUUAUUCUGAUGGCAUUCUUGGAGAAUAAGGUGAGCAAUUCCUGCAAAGUAUAG